AUGGCGGAAGCACGGCGAUGCAUCCUGAAAGUGCUUGAAGUCGUGGCACCAGGCGAAGCUCAGGCCCAUGCACAGCAGGCACUGGUCGCCCUCCAACCAGAAACAGUCUCCCAACCAGCAAGCUCCAGCAGCCUGCACCACACCGGAUGCGCAGACCCGCCGCCGCCCAAUGCACACAACACGGCGGCACACCUACUGCACCUGAUCGUGGACCUGGCCAAAGCGGUCGAAGCAACCGGGGCACACAACAGCGUGGAGGACCUCGGCGGGGACCUCCACGAAGUCGCCAGACUGUUGAAGGAGGGCACGCGGCAGAUGCACAGCCGCACCAGAGCCCGCAACUGGGGAGCGGUACACCGUGGAGAAGACUUCGCGGACCAAGCUGAAGCGGCCAUGGAGGAGUGCUUGCAGAACCUCCAGGGCCUACCCAACAUCCCGGAGAACCUCCUGGAGAACCUCGCCAGUGUUGCCCUUCUCUGCGAAGCCGCCUCAAACGCACACGAGGAGGCUUGGGGCACCCACCGAGAAGAAGAGGAGAACCUAAGAAGAGCGGCCGAGCACUGCUCCCCACAGACAAAGAGGAGGCGCGUCUUGAAGAAGGAGAAGGGCAACCAGCCGCAGAGCCACAGGCCCAACCUGCACAACCCGCCCUACCAGCGGAAGCUCCUCCUGUACUACCUCCUCAAGGACCACACGACCGGGAACACGAACCUCGCGAACUACCAGGACCAGCUGAAGGGCGGCUACUACCAGACAGACAGACCACAAGCAGACCUGGACCUCAACCAGGACUACGUGGACCACCUGAACUUCCUCUACCCGUACCUGCCGAACCAGAGGUACCACCAGGACUACACCCUCAAGGACCUCGCGACCGAGUACAGGAACCACGGGGACUACCUAGACCACCUGAGCUACCUCUACCUGGACCACCUGAGCUACCUCUACCAAGACCUGCCGACCCAGAAGCACCACCAGCGCUACACCCUCAAGGACCUCACGGCCGAAGACACGAACCCCGACAACUACCACCCGCUGAGCCGCGACUCCUACCAGGCGAACAGGCAACCAGCAGCUCGGGAACCACACAAAGACGUCGAGCCCGGGAACCACAACUACCACCGGGACAACCUGGACCACCUGAACUUCCUCAACUACCUGGACCAGCCGAACCAGCGCAAGGGCCACAGACGGGGCUUGCAGCAGAGCGACGAGAACCACCUGAGCUACCUGGACUACCUGAACCACCGGGACACCCAGAACUACCUGUACCAGCUGGACUACCUGUACCGCUUCAACUACAAGAGCAACGGGGGCAACUCGCUCUACCUCAACUCCCCGCACCGCCUGCCCUGCCUGCACAGCGGGGACUACCGUGGCCCCUCGAGCUCAUGCAAAGGCCUUCGCAAAGCCUACUACACCUGCUACAGGACCGGCAACCUGCACGACCAGGCACUGCGAGACCCGCGUGGACUGCGAACACAACACUACAAGGGGUACCAGGACUGCAGGGGCUAG